AUGACUCACGAGAGCGUUUGGUACAGCCGGCCCCGCAAGUACGGCAAGGGCUCCCGCGAAUGCCGCGUCUGCACCCACCGCGCUGGUCUGAUCCGCAAGUACGGCAUGAACAUCUGCCGUCAGUGCUUCCGCGAGAAGUCCACAGACAUCGGUUUCACCAAGGUUCGUUUCAAUCCCUCGCUCGACAGUGCCACUCAUUCCCCUCCGACCUCCGAAUACCAUACAAUCACAAUACACAACAUGAAGAUUUCAAUCGCCAAUCGACACAACCUGCACACCCAACACUGCCAAUCACACCACGCUGCAUAA